AUGCAGCUUCCUCACUACAUCAUGCAGCUUCCUCUCUUCAACAAAGUGAUUCCUCUCUUCUUCAAAGUGCUUCCUCUCUUCAACAAAGUGCUUCCUCUCUUCAUCAUGCAGCUUCCUCUCUUCAUCAAGAUGCUUCCUCUCUUGAUCAAGGUGCUUCCUCUCUUGAUCAAGGUGCUUCCUCACUACAUCAAGAUGCUUCCUCUCUUCUUCAAAGUGCUUCCUCUCUUCAACAAAGUGCUUCCUCUCUUCAUCAUGCAGCUUCCUCUCUUCUUCAAAGUGCUUCCUCUCUAA